AUGAUGGAUGAUGACACUGAGUUGAGGACUGAUGGAAACUCCCUCUUAAAGGCUGUAUGGUUAGGGAGGCUCCGGCUGACCAGACUCCUCUUGGAAGGGGGAGCUUAUAUCAAUGAGAGCAAUGACAAAGGUGAAACAGCUCUCAUGGUGGCAUGCAUCACCAAGCAUGUGGACCAGCAAAGCAUUAGCAAGUCUAAGAUGGUGAAGUAUCUGUUGGACAAUAGGGCAGACCCCAAUAUCCAGGAUAAGUCUGGCAAGACUGCGCUCAUCCAUGCUUGCAUCAGAAGAGCUGGGGGAGAAGUGGUGUCCUUACUGCUGGAGAAUGGAGCAGACCCCAGUCUUGAGGAUCGCACUGGGGCUUCAGCCCUGGUUUAUGCAAUAAAUGCGGAUGACAAGGAUGCACUGAAGCAUCUCCUUGAUGCCUGCAAAGCAAAAGGUAAGGAAGUGAUUAUUAUAACAACAGACAAGUCAUCUUCAGGCACAAAAACCACCAAGCAGUAUCUCAAUGUCCCUCCAUCACCCAAAGUGGAAGACAGACAGUCACCACCACUGUGUGCAUCUCCUUCUGACAUUGAACUGAAGGCUCCUGGUCUGGGUUCUUCACCCAGUGAGAAGGAUGAUGAUUUCUUCAUCCUCCAAACAGGACACCAAAAUGGCUGUAGUAGUUCUAAGAUCUUGAAUGAGCCUGGAUCACCCACCAGGAAAGUGCCUAGCCUUAAAAGGGCCCGCUUGCCCCAACUGAAGAGGCUCCAGUCUGAACCCUGGGGCUUGAUUGCUCCCUCUGUGCUGGCAGCCUCCGCACGCCAGGAUGAAACCCAUGGCACAAGCACAGACAAUGAGGUCAUCAGGAGCAUCAAUGACAUGCCCUUCCCUAGAAGGGGGUCCCUCUCCAGAACCAACAGCAUUGACAGUAAAGACUCCUCUCUCUUCCCCACAGUCCAGGAACAAGUUCUGAAGAUUCCAGCUUCAGCACCAGCUACCUGGAAAGCAGCUUAUGAGAAAGCCCAGGCUCCCCACCCACGCCUGGCCAGGAGAGGAACACUUCCUGUUGACCAAGAGAAGAGUGGGAUGUGUCCACCAGGACCAUCAGCUCUGAAAGAUUCAGCAUCUCUCAAGCUGUUGGAAAAUGACCUCUAUGACUUAGACGUACAGCCAGGGGCUGACCCACCCAACUCCAUGUCCCUUGAGUCAGGCAAAGGACAUUUGGACAGAAAGAAGCUCAACAGCUCCCACUUGUCCCUUUUCCAUGGCUCUCGGGAGUGCCUGGAUACUGUACCCAGCACAUCUCCCAGCUCAGUGCGCCGCAGGCCCCCUCAUCUUCUAGAAAGAAGAGGUUCAGGAACUCUCUUACUAGACCGCAUUGCUCACACGAGGCCUGGCUUUCUUCCUCCUUUAAAUGUGAAUUCAAACCCACCUAUCCCAGAUAUCAGAGCCAGUAGCAAACCACCUUCCCCACUUGCUGGUGGCUUAAAGUCUGUGGUUCCUGUUGCUCCAAAUUCACCAAAGAGAGUUGACUUGAGAAGUAAAAAGAAACUCCUUCGAAGGCAUUCUAUGCAGAUUGAGCAGAUGAAGCAGCUAUCUGACUUUGAAGAAAUCAUGACCUAG